CUCCUCCUUCUCCUCCUUCUCCUCCUUCUCCUCCUUCUCCUCCUUCUCCUCCUCCUCCUCCUCCUCCCUCCCCAGCUCUCUUUGCCCUGGUGGAGCCCAUCCUGCCCGACCUGCAGGAGGAUGGCAUCGUGGUGUGGGUGCUGGGGGGGGGCCCGUACCCCCCCGGCGCCGUGGCCCUUCAGGAGCUGCUGGAGGCGGCCUCGGAGGAGCUGGAUCCUGAGGAGGUUUGGGUGCCCCGGGACAUGAACGACACGUGUCUCUACAUCUUCACCUCGGGCACCACCGGUCUCCCCAAAGCCGCCCGCGUCUCCCACCUCAAAUCCAUCAUGUGCCUGAGCUUCUACGAGCUGGUGGGGGCCUCCAGCCGGGACGUGGUCUACCUGGCACUGCCCCUCUACCACAUGGCCGGCUCCCUCCUGGGCAUCGUGGGCUGCAUCGGCAUCGGAGCCACUUGUGUGUUGAAGGAGAAGUUCUCAGCCAGCCAGUUCUGGGAGGACUGUCGCGCCGAAGGGGUCACCGUCUUCCAGUACAUCGGGGAGCUCUGCCGCUACCUGGUCAACCAGCCCCAGGUCUUGGAGGGGUGGGGGGGUUUUGGGGACCCCGGGAGGGAGAUGCAGCGCUACAGGCUGGGGGAAGUGCUGCAUUUGCGUGGGGAUGAGUGA